AUCUAAUUAAGACAUCGUUUAUUUUACGAAAAUAAUUGGAAUUAGAAAGAAUAAGCAUAUAGAAUGUUUUUAGUCCAUGAGGAAUUAGGGACUAAUACACACUAACUGAAGAAUCCCAAAACGGAUAGCAAGUUACAAAUUCUGUCUCGAUAGGACGUACAUGUAUUUUAUUUCUAUUACCAUGAAAUUCAUAAAUGAAGUAGUUAAUGGUGGAGCUACCAUUAUCCUUUUUGUAGUGACCAAUCUUAAAGUAUUAUAGGGUCCUUAAAGAGAUUAUUCUUUGAAGCAAUUGAAGAAGAAGAAAGUUUUUAGUGAUACUACAAAAAAAUGGCAGCAUUUGUGAAGAGUUUUUUCGUCUUUUGGGCCUCAUGGUUUCUACUAUUCUCUGGCUUUCAUUGCUUGGCUAAAAAACGCACCCAUUUUGUGGUGAAGGAAGCUCCAUACACAAGACUCUGCUCCACAAAGGAGAUAUUGACUGUGAAUGGAAAAUUUCCAGGACCAAUUCUAAGGGCUCGCAGGGGGGAUACAGUCUAUGUUACCGUUCGCAACAAAGGACGACACAACAUCACCAUUCACUGGCAUGGAGUGAAACAACCUGGCAAUCCAUGGUCAGACGGUCCUGAAUACGUCACACAGUGUCCAAUCCAACCUGGCGGGAAAUUGAAGCAGAAAGUCAUAUUUUCAACGGAAGAAGGUACCCUAUGGUGGCAUGCUCACAGCGAUUGGUCACGAGCAACCGUCCAUGGCGCUAUCCUUGUCCGUCCCAAGAAAGGAACUACUUUUCCAUUCCCCAAGCCUGAUGCAGAGGUGCAAAUCAUUUUAGGAGAAUGGUGGAGGAAAGACGUAAUGGAGGUUCUGAAGUUAUUCACAACAACAGGAGGAGCACCAAAUAAUUCUGAUGCUUAUACUAUUAAUGGUCAGCCUGGUGACUUGUACCCUUGUUCAAAAGCAGAGACAUUCAAAUUGAUGGUGGAUCAUGGGAAGAGUUACCUACUUCGGAUUGUAAAUGCUGCAAUGAACAGCAUUCUCUUCUUCGCCAUUGCAAAUCACAACAUCACAGUAGUUGGGAUAGAUGGUGACUACACAAAGCCCUUAUCAACAGAUUACAUCACAAUAGGACCGGGACAAUCCAUGGAUGCCUUGUUACAUGCCAACCAAACUCCUGGUCACUAUUACAUGGCUGCUAGGGCAUACUCUAGUAACGCUAAUAGCACCUUCGAUAACACCACAACCACAGCAAUUGUACAAUACAAUGGCAACUACACUCCACCUUCAUCUCCUCUGUUACCCUCUCUACCAGCCUAUAAUGACAUAAAUUCUGCUUUUAACUUCAGUGGUAGCAUUAGGAGCUUAAACAGUAAAGACCAUCCAAGUUCCGUUCCAGUGAACAUCACCACUCAAAUUGUAUCCACUGUUUCCAUCAACUCAUUCCCGUGCCAAGAAAAUCAUACCUGUGAAGGACCAAAUGGAACAAGAUUGGCAGCUAGUAUGAACAAUAUAACCUUUACGAACCCGUCAAUUGAUAUACUAGAAGCUUAUUAUAAGCAUAUAAAAGGGGUGUAUGGAGAAAAUUUCCCAAGUUUUCCUCCACUGGUGUAUAACUUCACAGCUCAAGAUCUACCUUUGGAGUAUCAAUUAUCGAAACGGGGGACAGAAGUAAGAGUAUUGCCCUACAAUUCAACAGUGGAAAUGGUGUUGCAGGGGACAAACUUAGUUGCUGGAAUUGAUCAUCCUAUGCACUUACAUGGAUACAGCUUCUAUGUAGUUGGAUGGGGGUUUGGGAAUUUUGACAACAAGACGGACCCUUUAAGCUACAAUCUAAUUGAUCCUUCUUUUCUCAACACAGUCAUUGUUCCUAUAAAUGGAUGGGUAACUCUUAGAUUCACAGCAAGCAACCCUGGAGUUUGGUUUAUGCACUGCCAUUUCGAGCGUCACCUAACAUGGGGCAUGGAGACGGUAUUCAUCGUCCUUGACGGCAAUGAUAGCACAUCAAAAUUACUACCUCCACCGCCGAACAUGCCUCCAUGCUAAAGCGGCGUCAAAUUUGUUGCUUUUUGUGGUUUUGGCUCGACUUAUAUAAACAGUGAAUCUGUCACAGGAAUUUUUUAGUUUAACUGGAAAAUAUGUGAGUCGAACCAAGUUAUUUUUAUGGGUUUGAAGUAGAA